AACUAGUGAUCUAUCUUAGUUUAAUAAUCAGAUCUGAUUUGUCAGCAAGUAGAAAUUGCUGAGCGAAGGUUGCUGCUUUACAAAGACUUGUGUUUACUCAGAGUCACAAGUCAGGCAUCAAUAGGUCAAACAAUAACCUGUAUACUGUGUAGAUUACUACUAAGUAUUAAGUACCAGGAUGCAGCAGCACUUCGUGAUCUGUUUUCCACCGCUGAUGUCAUCUUGCAUCUACCGAAUGACAUCAUGAAAAGGGAAUCCGGGGAAGUCAAGCAAGCCAAAAAGAGGAUCGAACCAUGAAAUCCGCCCGAUCGAUUUCCACUGCUGAUUCUGCUCGUUAGUCACGGAUCAGGAAAUAGGUAAGCACGUCAACUGACUUGGGUCAUAAGGAAAUGGGAGUAUAAUUGUUACUAUCACUUGUUGUUCUUUUCUACUCACUUGCCUGUAAAUUGAUUCCAAUGCAAUCAACAUCCGCAGAGCUAUAAGCAUCGAACUGUGCCAAGUCUCAAUGAGCACAAACCCCCUUCUUUGCUGUCAUGAUUCAGCUUGGUUUUUUCUUCAUGUCUUCAUUCUCAACAUUCCCCCCAAUCGACUCGUUCUCUUCCCGGCGUUGGCGGGAUCUGUCUGGUUUCUAACUCUGGCGUCCCUACUGUCAAUAUGGCUCGCCCAUGGUAUGCCUCAAUACCCGGGACAGAGUAACCAGCAUGUUGCCUUCAUCUCCGACAUAGCGUCUUUCGAGCUGAAGCCACUUUUUCUCGUUGGCGCUUCUGUUACAGCCGUGGGUUUCGUGACCACCGUUGCUGCGGUUCAUGUGGUGCGCUAUGAGCCGGGGUUCGCCUUGGUAAAAUGUCCUGUAACCGACAACCGUAAUGACAAUGGCGACCAUGAUCUUCCUGGGCAUAGCAGUUCGUAUCUUAGUGACUGUGGCUAUCAGGAUUCCGACAGCGAGGAGGAAGAGGACCAUGAAACUACGAGAACCUUAAAGCUUAUCUCGCUGCUAGCCAUCUUCGCGGCCGGCGUGGCUAGUAUCGCCCUGAUUUUACUGGCGGUCAUGGAUACCUUUCGGUAUAAGAGCGCACAUCACCUCUUCCUCCAGGUCUGUUUCGCCGGUCUGGCGAUACAAUCUGCCUCUACGGCCAUCGUAUAUUCGAACGAGGUACUCGGAUUUGUGUCUGCCUCCCUCUCAACAGCCUUGAUCCUUACAGAAGUCUUCCUCGGAGUGGCCUUUAUCUCUCUGACUGUACCGGAGGAAAGCGCAAGCUAUCGAAAGGCAGGGAUCCUUGAAUGGAUUAUUGCCUUCCUAGGGACUAUCUAUCUUUGGUUAUUUUGUGGGUUCCUCGACCGAACCAAUUUCGACGGCUACGUCCCAAGCGUGCUUUACGGUUCCCCUGUACAAAGAAAAGACAUCCUACCACCCGACAGUUUACGGGGUCAGAUACAGAAUCGGGACCCUGAGCGCACCCGCCUAAUUCAGGGACCUACAGGUGGGAAAUAUACGUGAACUUAGGUCUCCUGCUUCCCCAUAUUUGAACAGCAUUCUUCAGAAAGACAUACCUGGGCACAUAAUGACCUACAUGAAUUUCUAGACAAUUCUAACUUUCUAACUACGAGAGGAACUUGGCUAUUUCGAGACAUUGGAUUUGGGGGAAAGAAACAUAACUAACAUACACCUGGAAAAAAAAGUAA